AUGGUCUUUUACGAGAUUGAGGGGAAGUUUGCUUUCAAUCCAGCCUUGCUCGCGCGGUUCCGAAAAAACCAAGGACAGCCACCAUUUCGCCGCCUAACCCAUGAGCGCACCGAGAGCUUUGAAGAUGAGUAUUUUGAUUCUGGCAACCUACUAUCAAAAAGUGGCGUGUGGAUACGAAAACGCGACAAGUCUUGGGAGGCCAAAAUCCGUCGCAACGGUGAUUUUUUGCGAUCCUCCUAUUACGAAACCAACGAAACCGACGAGAUCAAGAGACUAGUUCAUACCUACCUACAUGUGGGACAUGAUUUGAGUCCCAACAAUAACUUUGGCUUGCCAACAUUGUAUCAAACAGCUUUUGGCAAUAGGGUUGGUGAAGUGGAACUUCAGGCACACCAAACCGCAGUGGCGCUGUUCGAUAUUGAUAUGUUCAUGCAAGAGUACUCAUGGUUUUUUGCAAGCGGUCGUACUCCGAAGGGCAAAACAACAGCUUAUUUUGAGUUUUACGGGUUAACCUCCGAGAACGCUUCCUAG